UCGGGCCAGUUACUCCGUUUGCAAUGGUAGACCAACACAUAAUCGUGGCCAAGAUCGUGGCCAUAGUGGUGCUCUUGCUCGUGACCCUGAUCUUCUGCUUUAUUCCGUAUCUUCUGGAUCGCUUCUACAAGUGGACCCAGCGACCCGAGAACAAUGCUCGCGAAUUUAAGGUGGUGCUGUGUCUGCUUAGUUUCGGCGGAGGUGUUCUCAUAGCCACCACCUUCAUCCACAUGCUACCGGAGGUGAUUGAUGUGGUGAAUGCUCUCCAGGACUGCCGCAAGCUGGACCCUACUCCCUUCGGCCUGCCGGAGGUUCUGCUCUGCGCUGGCUUCUAUCUAAUGUACUGCAUUGAGGAAACUAUGAAAUUCGUGAUUCGUCGGCGGCAGCAGAAGAAGCUACGGGAGGUGAUCACGAUCAAGGAGACGGGCGAGGAUGAAGAAACUCCUAAGGAGCCCAACUGGCUGCGUGGCCUCGGAAUUAUCGUAGCCCUCUCCCUGCACGAACUCUUUGGCGGCAUGGCCAUAGGGCUGGAGAUGAGUCUGAGCACGGUGUGGUUCAUGACCGGAGCCAUUUCCGUCCACAAGCUCGUUUUGGCCUUCUGCAUCGGCAUGGAGAUCAUGAUGGCCCAUACCCGCUGGCUGCUGGCCGUGGUUUAUCUUCUGGUCUUCUCGAUCGUAACUCCGAUUGGUGUGGGCAUCGGAAUUGCAGUCAGCGAAUCUGCCGCGGCAAAUGAGCCCAGCACGGUAUCAGGAAUCCUUCAGGGGCUGGCCUGUGGCACCCUCAUCUACGUGGUCUUUUUCGAAAUUGUGGCCAAAAAAAAUGCGGGCGUACGCGUUUUACUCUCUUCAAUGGUAGGGUUCGUACUGAUGUUUGGUCUCCAAAUAGCAAUUGGCGAAGCCAAAGGCAAGAGCCAUUUCACAUGUCCCUAGUGGAUAUUCUAAUAUUUAUAAGAAAAAACGAUUUUAAGCUUUGAACAAUAAAGCCUGACAAAAUGUUUUCCUAGAUGGAAACUCUGCAACGUACCUAUUACAGCACUUA